AUGGAUUGGAAAAAAAACGAUGGCAAUAAAGAACUACAAAUCCUAGACCCUGAUGGCAACAAAGAACUGCAAAUCCUAAGCCAUGAUGGCAAUAAAGAAUUGCAAAUUCUAGGCUCCGAUGUAAAUGAAGAUAACGAAACUGACGAAGAUACUGAAGAUACUGAUCCGCAUUUAUCCAUCACCUCGGUUUUUUAUGUUCAUUUACCACAAAACAUAGAUCCAAGUAUUCAUCAACCGGUAAUUCUUGGAAACUGUGCAACUUUAGGCAAGUGGAAAAUACCGAAAGUCCUGCUUCGUAAGAUUAUGAACACAACUCUCUGGAAAUCUGAGCCUGUGCGCAUUCCUACACAUAUGGAGGAUAUAUUCUAUAAGUAUGCUAUUUGUCGUCGCGAAAAUAAGUGGUUUGGUCGUAAAGGCAAACUAAUAGUCGAUCAUUUUGAGGGUUAUGGUGAAAAAACCAAUCGCAAAAUGGUGUUUCUUGAAAACCAUUACGACUUAUGGCAAGACAACUAUUAUAUGAAACUCAAUACAAGGUUCCUUAAAAAUGAAUUUCAAUUUGUCAAAUGUAUUUACGAGAACAUUAAAGGCAUUCAAACUUUAAAGGAUAGAAUUAUGGAAUAUCAAUAUAUUUUUCGUCAGCACAAAGAUCUCACUAAUUCUGCAACAAAUAUCAAUUUCAUUCAGAAUAAAUUAAUGUCUAGUGUCUCAAAGGAACAACGACUCUUCUUGUGCAUUCUUCUCGGACAUUAUAUGCUUCAACCAAACAAACCAAUGAUAAACAAUUGUUAUCUUUUACAGAACUUUCCAUCUACCGCUUUAUUGGAAGACCUUGAAAGUAUAGAUCCAGAUUUCAGUCUCUCUGAUACUAGGCAUCUUGUCACACAAGCGAUUCGAGCUUUAGUCCAACACAAUUCUAAGUAUGGCUUCACAACAUGGUUUAAAAUGUUCGCCCUUGCACCAAUGCUCGAUGAGUCAUAUGCUUUUAUAGACACUAUAGAAUUUUAUAAUUUCGAAAAACAUCCAGAUCAGUUUUUUAAUGCGUUGAAAGACAAUGUGAAGCCCCACAUUGAUGAACUGUUUCAAAUGAAGCAUGUAUUUUAUAAAGCUGUACAGAAACUAGUUUCAUUAUCGUAUGACUUGGAAAGUCUUUUAUUUUUGUGGGAAAAAAUUAUCGGGUUUGAGAAAACAGAUGAUCACUUGCGCAAUGCGAUGAAGAAAAGGAUUGAUGAAUUAAUAAAAGAUGACAAGCCUUCUCAACUUAAAGUGCACUUUUAUAUUUUCCCGGAGAAGUUACAACUUGAUGUCGCACAAAAUUUCAGGACCAAACUUUUAAAGUUGCUAAAAGAAAGAAACUCAAGAUGGAAAUGGGAAUAUCCAGAUAUUGUUUCCUUUCAAGAGCUUCUUCAGGAGGCUAAUUUACGGUGGCCAAUUGAGGAAUAUCCUCAAAUACUUGAAUCAAUUGCGGUAUCCGAUCAAAUACUAGUAUCGGAAUCUUUUCCUGAAGUUAUAAAAUUUAUAUUGGAAUCAAAAGCUACUGGAAGGAACCUUGAUUUAAUCUUUGAAUCAUCAGUCAAAUGGUUUGAAAGGAUGGUCUCCUUUCGCACAUCCAAUUUCAUUGCUACUAAUGGUCCAAAUGCCAAAGAAAGUAUAGCAUACAUUGUCUUUUAUUAUCUUUCUCGAAUAUAUCCACUUGUUUCGCAUCGCCAAAAAUUUUCUUGUAGAUUGAAAGAUCACGCAGAUAAAAUAGUACUUUCGUUAGCCGAUGAUGUUAUCUUCCCUCUUGCAUCAUAUAUCGAUGAGUUUCAUCAUGAUAUUAUUGAUCAUUUUGAUACUUUAUUGAGGCAAAAAAUUGAACAUUCUAUUCAAGACCCGGAUGAUAAACUUUUAAAAAUGAUAAUGCUCAUAUGUAAUAGCAAAGUGUUUUUAAACGUGAAUAAUGGCUUUUGUGAGAGAAUAUUAUGCUUUAUAUUAGACCGUCUCCAACUAAACGAUAAAAAAGUAUAUCAUAAAGAAGCCUAUCAGCUUUCGCUGCUUCGAUAUUCGCAAUUUUGGACAGAAAUAUUUCAAGCAAAAGGCCACACAACUGAAUUACAUUCGCAUCCAUAUGUUAAAAAUGUGCGUGAUCACGUAGUUAAUAUGGCUGCAUCAAUUGCUGAAAACACGAUUACAAUGGGAUUUCUUCUGGAAUUAUUAAGGUACUCGGGUGAUAAAAACGAAAGUCUUGUAAAAUAUUUUAAUUCUGCUGCAGUAGAAAGUCAAGCAGAAGAUACUGAUAAUCUCAUCGUAACUGAUGAAAUUCUCGUUGCUAUGCAUCGGCAAUGUCAGAAAUACAUGUCUACUUUUACGCGUCUUGAUAAAUUUUAUGAACGAUUUUGUUCGUCUGCCUUGGUAACAGAUGCUAGAAAAUACCAUGACGAUCUAUUACACAGGCAAGAUAACAUAAAAACCGUCACUCUUGAGGAAUCAGGUACUCGAGACCAUUGGUCGAUUCAUUCCACAACAAUUGAUGUUAUGGAGACCUCUUAUCAUUUGGUUGAAUCGCAAACCUUCAAUAAUAUUUUUCAGGCUGCAUUAAAGACAGAAACGCGAGAGCUGAAUGUUGAAAUUGUAACCACGGAAAUAAUUCAGAUGACUAUUAAACACUAUAACACAGUAUGCCAAGGAUAUGAAAAGUGUGAAAACAUCAAAUGCUCUGAAGCAAAUGAAUUCUGGAAACAUGUCGACCAAAAUAAUAUUCGUUCUGAAAUCGAUUUUAUGACUCCGAACUGGACUCGCACUCCCUCAAACAAGCAAUUACAAUCGUUAAUUUCUUCAGUGACAUACUUAAUUAACAUUCCAACAUUGAAAGAAAAAUUAAAUAAUCUUUUAAUGGUCAUAAAAAACUUGACAAUACCACACAAUCCGAACCAAUGGGUUAUAACAUUUGCUAAUUCACUAGAUGACGAAAAUUUAAAACUCGGCAAUUUACAAAAAAUAUUUGGAAAUGUAAACAUGCAAUUUAAAAAAUUCAAAUUAUCGGAGGAGUUCUGGUCAAUAAUUAAAGAAAUCGCUUGUUCAAAAGAAUGCAUUAAUUUUCUACAAGAGCUUGUUGGUCAUGAUCUGAAAAAUUUAAUCAAUGGUGCAGACGAUCAUUCCGAUGAACGUUUGAUCCAAGAAGAUACCGUCUCAACAUUUAUUCAAGUAAAACAGGUUUUGGAGCCUUUGCUAAAUAAAAGAGAGGACACCGCUCAAUUUGCGGUAGAUAACUUUAUAAACAAUCUAGUUGAUAUAAUCAAAACAAAUUCAUCACUUGCUCCAAAGUUGAGACUGUGCAAUGCACACACACAAGCAUUAAAAAAUAUGUAUAAAAAUAUUUCAAACCGAGGUGAAGUGACAAAAGAAAAGAUUUUUUAUGCAGUAACAAAAGGCGUAUAUUCUUUUACGAGAAUAGAAAAUAAUGAAUACCAAUGCACUGCGACAUUAUCAUAUCCAUCCAACAAUAUACGUGAUGGCGUAGGAUUAACAGAGUAUGCUUUUAGUGACCUUCAGGAUUUACGUGGGCGUGCUCUUUUAAUAGCCAAAGCACCUGUUGAUGCCAAAAUGUCGGAUAAAAAUGAUAUGGUUAACGAAAUAACCUCUGCUCAUAUGAAUGAAUUUGUAAUUCAAGUAGACAUAUCUCAACAAAUAAUUGAUGUAUCUUCACAGCUUGUGGAGCUUGGUCACUUUGGAUAUCGUGAUUUUAAAGCAUCAACACGAUCUACGCGAGAAAUGGAAACUUUGUUACAAAUUCUGAUUGACCAUUUAAAUGAUUGGCGAAAUAUCGUCAAAGAAGCACAAGAAAAACAUUAUUAUUUGACUUUCUUCCUAGCUAGACACAUCUUAACAUUUUAUGACUAUUUUACAUUCCAAGAAGGUCAUGAAAACAACAAAAAUAAAUGUGCUAUGCUCUUACGAUUAGUUAAUGAUGAAGCUGAAUUACCAGAUAUUGUAGAAGAUUAUACCAUCUUCCGUGAAUGUGAUAAUCAUUUCGAUAUUCUCUGUGCGAUUGGAGAAAAAUUACACGAUAUUUUUAUCAAAAUUCCAAGUAAACGUCCAAUAACAGCAAAUGUUGAGCAAAUAGCAUCAGAUAUAGUUCAUUCAGGACAACUUUUUGUUGCGACAUGUAUUAAUAAAUUAAGAGUACCAAAUAUUAUUAUGAGUUUGUAUGCUGUUAAUUUCGAUAGAUGCUAUCCAGAAUCUUGGCAAAUAUUAAUUUGUAAGUCAUCCACUAGAGCAGAAGAACUCUUUAUUUUUACAAAGCGAUGUUUCUUUGCAGCAAAGAAUGGAUAUGAAAAGUAUUUGUUUUGUAUCGCGAAUGUAGAAUAUCUUGAGUUCGACUUGCAAUAUCAAUUAGUAACACAUAUACGUUCAUUAUGCCAACAAGAGAACAAAUUCAAUUUAGCUUUGAUAUGCUGUCGUGAAAAAGGAAUGCUUCAUCAUAUACUUGACCAAUUUUCUGAAUAUGUUCAUGUUACUGAAGGACUCGACGCAGAGUCUAUGAGAAACAUUUAUAAAGAAUUAUGUCCGAAUGUAAUUGCGGUUUCUUCAGACUUAUCUGGACAAGGAAAGACAGAAUGGAUUAAGGAACGCAGUUUUGAACAUGAUUUAAUACCAAGAAGCUUUUUGGUUAGUGAUGGCAUGACAUUUGGGGAACUUGUCCGAAGAUUAUCUGAAACUGAAUUCCGAGAAUUUGAAAGUUUGCAUCUUAAUAUAAUGUUAAUAGACUAUCCUUACGAAGUUAAUAUGUUUUUAUUUGAAUUAUUGUCGCUUAGAAUAGCAAGAAAUGGAAUCAACCUUGCUUGUAUUCCAUCGACAUUCAUAUUUAUAGAAGUUGCCUCUACCAUGGAACAAUAUUUGUUAAAUUCAUUGCCAAUCACAGGAUACUUAACAAGGCAACAUUUAACAUGGAAUAUCAAUAACCUUAUUAAUUCUUAUAAUCAUAAUAGUUCAACUCAAAUAGUUGCAAGAUAUUUAGAUGCAUAUGAUCGGAAUAUAAUUAAUGGAACAGAUAUUAGUUUCACGGAAGAAGAUGAGCCAAUACCUCAAGAACGUUGUCAGCAACUUUUUCAGAAUUAUUUCUUUAGAAAUCGUACUCAAGAUGUCACGUCUUAUCGUUUUCUCGAAAUAUUUGUUAACGUUCUUGCCGAUCAAUUAUUACGGAUGUCAUCAAGCGCAUUUUUUCGUGUAGAACUACUGAACCAGAUGGUAAAUGAUCAAAAUAUCAGAAAAACCUUGCUGGAAACUCUAAUGGACGUUUCUUCUGAUUUUGCAACACGUUCUGUGAACUCUAAGGCAGAUCAAUUAAAAAACUUAUCUGAUGCACCCAAUGCAAAUUUGGGGACUAUUAAACAUUGGGAAGAUACAAAUCAUUUACUAGUAUUUUUCUUAUCGCAAACGCCUGACUCUAUCUGCGCCCUUUACCGUGAUAGAAAUAUGGUGCCGCAAAAUGUUAAAAAUCUGUUAAGUAGUCAGAAUGUUGGGACAGUAGGAGAAUUCAUACUAGAUAAUUAUGAUGAAAUGUCUCCGGAUAAGAUUUUGGAAAAGCUGGAAUGUUUGGCACGCAAUACACUUGAAGAACGCAAAUAUCCACCAUAUGCGCUUUCUACAGAUAAUCUUUUAAAAAUGGCAUUAAUCCUUUUGCGAGCCCGUACUAAUGUUCCUGUAGUUUGCUGUGGAGAGGCUGGGUGUGGAAAGACAAGCUUAAUCCAGUUUUUAUCAAUAGUUAUAAAUGUUGAAUUUGAAGCUUUAAAUUUACACGCUGGUAUAAAAGAACAAGACAUCCUGGAUUUCAUGAAUAAAGCUGAAAAAAUCGCACAAGAACGUCAAAUAUGGCUAUUUUUUGAUGAGAUAAAUACAUGCAAUCAUAUUGGAUUGCUGGCUAAUCUCAUAGCACAUAGGGAAAUUUUUGGUCGAAAAAUCCAUCACAAUAUUAGGCUUUUCUCAGCUUGCAAUCCAUAUCGGUUACGAUUACAGUUAAAAAAUGACGAACAAGCAGGUCUUUUGGCAAAAAGAUACGAGGAACAUAGCAAUUUGGUUUAUCAAGUUCAUCCACUUCCUGAUCAAAUUCUGGAUUACGUUUGGGAUUAUGGUAUAUUAAAACCAUCAGAUGAAAAGAUCUAUAUUAACAUUAUGGUUAAAAAAUAUUUGGAAGAAGAAAGAUUAGAAUCCAAAUUAUUCGCUGAAUUAUUAUUCGCUUCACAAGAAUUUAUUCGAUAUCAUGAGGGAGCUCAUAGCGUUAGUUUACGAGAUGUAAAACGUGCCAUCACUCUUGUCAAACACUUUCACAAGAGCCUAAUUAAUCGUCCACGUCCUAAUCAACGUCCUAAUCGUUCCUACCCUCAAUAUCCCUCUAUAAUUAAUGGAAUGGAAAAAGAGGUUGGAAUUGUAGUCCGGUCUUAUAUCCUUGCACUAUAUCUUAGUUAUCAAGUCAGAGUAUUUGAUCAAACAUUACGUACACAAUAUCGCGAAAAAAUAUGCAAAACAUUUAAUGAAUUCAGGACAACAAAAAUAACACGAAACAUGACGGAAGAGCUUUUUAUAAAGAUUAUUAAAGAGGAACAGAAAGAUUAUAUCAUUAGGAUGACAAAGCCACCGCAAACUGCAGAAAACGAUGCAUUACUUGAGAAUGUGCUUGUAAUGAUUGUUUGUAUAUUUACCAAAAUUCCCGUAUUUAUUAUUGGUGCGCCUGGGGCGUCAAAAUCAUUAGCAAUUCGGUUAAUUAGCCAGAACCUUCGCGGUGCUGAUUCAGGUGAUCCGUAUUUCAAGACAUUGCCGCAAAUUUAUAUUAUUCCAUACCAAGGCUCGUCUUCAUCCACCUCUGAUGGUAUCAUUAAGGUCUUUAAAAAAGCACAAAAUUAUCAAACGACUAGUUCUGAGGAAUAUCCUCUAAAUACCACAAGUCCACAUAAUCCAUUGAAAGUUCUGCAUUCUUUACUCGAACCAAGCUACCCAGCCGAAUAUCCAAAUGUUUCAGUUGUUGGUAUAAGUAAUUGGAGAUUAGACAAUUCCAAAUCAAGUAGAGCACUGCUGGUGCAAAGGCCUAAAUUUGAAGAACGAGAUUUGAUUGACACAGCAGAUAGAUUAUUUGAAAAUAAUAAAGCAUGGUCAAAACGUUUUAAUGUUCUUAGUGGUUUUAAUUCUAAGAAAGUAAAACUAGAAGCAUUGGCUAACUCUUAUUUAGAGUAUGAAAAAAAACAACCUAUUGGUAAUUUUCAUGGACUUAGAGAUUAUUACUCGUUGGUAAAAAGUCUUGGCGGUAGUGAGCUUGCACCAGAAUCCAUAAAAAUGGCACUAGCAAGAAAUUUUGGUGGAACAAAUCAAAUGGACAAACUGUAUGACGAACAUUUUGCCAAUGUUUUAAAAGCAUUUAACACAACCAAUCACCAUCAAAUUCAAUUUUCUGCUGAAGACCUUAUCAAAGCCAACCUUAAAGAUAAGAAUGCUAGGCAUUUAAUGUUAAUUGGUAAAAGUGAUUCUAUUGUCAAUAUUUUGACAUAUAAAUUGAGAUAUUGGAAUAAGGAGCUUUCGGAAAGUAAAGACCUUGAUGCUAUUGAUGAUGUGACAUCUUGGGAUCUAGAACCUGUAGUAAUUUAUGGAAGUCAGUUUCCAGACGAUCGUGAUGACGAUUAUCAGUAUGGAGUAUUGAGUCGUAUUAUGAUGUGUGUUGAAGCUGGAAGGCCGCUUAUAUUGACAGAUCUUGAAAUUAUAUAUGGAAGUCUUUAUGAUUUGUGGAAUCAGAAUUACAUAACUGUUGGUAAAGAGGGUGAUAUAAAAUAUUAUACGCGCGUAGCAUUGGGUGCUUAUUCGAAUCCAAUGGUUUGCGUGCACGAAAACUUUCGUUGCAUUUUGAUACUUGAUGAAAAGAAUGUAAACCUAGCAGAUCCGCCGCUUCUAAAUCGAUUUGAAAAACAAAAAAUAUCGAUUAAUGAUGCUUUAAAUGAUUAUAUGGGAGGAUUAGUAGUAAAACUUGCCGAUUGGUCACAUCAAAUUUCAAAAUACAUAAAGAAGGGUGACACAUCUAAAUCCGAAUUUAAUGAGCAUGAUAUUUUUAUUGGGUUUGAUAAAGAAGAAACCUUACAAAGUUUGGUUAUUUAUAAUUGCAAUAACAAAGAACUUAAUAAUGACGAUGAAACAGUUCUGAAUAAGUGUAAAGAAUUAUUAAUAGGCAUUGCAACAUCAGAUGGCAUGGUGCGAUCAAAGGAAUCUAUGUUGUCAGUUACAAAUCAUGAAGAAACGCAAAACUGGUAUAAUUUCUAUUUUCAUGAGCAACAACAUGAAAACCUUUUCAAGUAUAUUCAAUCACUAUUAAAUAAUAAUGAAGACACUAUGAAUAAGCAAGGGUUCAAAGUAAUAAUUAACACGUUUUCAAACAUCAAUACUGAUAUAUCUUUCUGCUUGAAUGAUAUCAUGACAUAUCAAGUUGACAAGAUUUCGACAUUCAAAUCUGAAGCACAGUUACAAAAUCGAAUUAAACAUUUCUGGUUAGAAUCAGAUGAUGAAAUAUUAAUCCUUCAAUGCGACCUCUCAAUCGUUAAUUCUGGAUGUGUUAAACUUGCAAAAUUCAUUAUUGAACAAUGUAGAAAUGAAUACUUGUCUGCAGACAAGUUCUCGGAAAACACUAAGCCAAUAAAGCAUGUUUGCAUCAUUCUUCAUGUACAACGAAAAAAUGAUACUAAAUCAUCAUUUAAUUUUAUGUGUGGUUGGGAUUUGGUUACAAUUGAAACUCUAGAACCUCAAAAACAUCACCUCUUAGAUUAUCUAGAUGGAAGUAUGUCUCAGAUACUUGAUAAUACUUAUAAAUUUGAAGAGAUUAUCGAGCAAGAAUUAUUUUGGUGCUUGCUUUGUAUGCGAUUCCAAUCUCCUAAAUCCGUUGAUUAUAUAAAAUUUCUCUACCAACAAAUUCCACGCCAUACUACAUUAAUUGAAUGUUUAAAGACCAGGUCACUUGAAUGGCUUCAGGAAAAUGCACCCGAAAAUUGGCAAUUCCAAGUUGCAACAAACAAAACUGAUUUACAUUUAUAUUCAUCAUUUUCUAUUGCUCUUCAAACAUAUAUUCGUAAUCUGGUCAGAAAACCAAUUGCAAAACUUCUCUGUGCACUGGAAAGAUUUUCAGGUCUUUCGAGUCUUUUUAACAAUAGUCACUUGGAACAUGAUCUAUAUGCAGAUGAAACCGCAGUCAGUUUACUUACAUUUUGGGAAAAAGUAUUUAUGGAUCCUAAAAUUAUUAAUAUCGAAUUCAUGCUAGAUCCACGACCAGAUAGAUACUUUAUACAGAAUAAAAACCAUGAUUUAGUAUUUCCUUUUUCAAUAUACAUCAUGGGCCAAAUUGAUAAAUUCAAAAGAUUGUAUGAAGAAGAUUUAGCAAUGUUAGAAGAAAAGGAAGAAAAUUUAGAUGGUUCUGGAGAACUAAAAGCUACUAUUAUUGAUGACUGCAUAGAAAGAUUUUCUGCAAACAUAAUGUCGGCAGUUCCAAUAUUGAAGCAACCACAAUUGACUGAAUUUGCUGAAUUAUAUUUCAAGGAUUUUUUAUCAAUUUUUUCGCCAAUACAUAAUGACAAUGAAUUCUUAUCUUGGAUCAUCAGUCAUAAUAUGGGACAACAAAUACCAAAUCCUUUUAGGCUUCAUGUAUAUUGGUGGGAUAAUUCUGAAAUUGCAAUAACUGAAUUACAACUGUCGAUACUAUGCCCUACGGUAAUCAAAGAAAUGCACGAAUUGGAAUUUGAACAAAGCAAAGAAGUGAACUUUGAACGAUAUUUGUUGGAGCAAAUUGCAAAAAUGACGAUGGAAAAGCUUUGUACGAUUGAUAUAAAUGAUACAAACUAUAUAAAAAAUCAACUUUUGAUAUGGCAGCGUGAUACCACAAAUAUUUUAUCUUUAUCAAGCAAAUUACAUAAUUCUUUUGAUAACCUAGCUAUUCACAAACUGCGAAUAUAUAAUGAUCUCUCAAAAUCUCUCGAAUUACCAAAACUUAUUGAAAUUCGGAAUCUUGAAAAAGAGAAAGACAACGAUGAAAACGAUGAAGAAGCACUUUCAGAACAGUUUAUAGAUAUAGUAUUUGAAACGUUGUAUGAACUACAACAAACAGAAGAUAAUAUAUCAUUACAAAGAUCUUUCACAAAUAGGUGUUUAAACACAUUACCACUCGAAUCACCCAUUCGUCUUCGUCUUUAUGAAAAAAUUUUUACGCAAGAACCUUUGCCAUUAUUAAGCUUCCCAACUAUUCAUCGUAUCUUCCUCACAGAGUAUGAAGACGAUGAAAUUUUCUUUAAUUUAAUUGAUAAUCCACUUGAAAUUUUAGAAGAAUCUGAACGCUUACAAGUCAUAGAAGGCAUUUUGAGUACUAAACAUCCUGAUUCAGAGAUAACUGCUUUGUGUUGCGAUGUAAUUCAAACGCAACGAUUAGAAUUACAGAAACCUUUAAUUCAUUCAUUAAUGUAUUAUUUGCUUAAGUCUUUGCGAUUAUUAGGAUUUUCUAUCGAUGAUAUAAACCGAUUUUGUGGAGUGCAGCAACAAAUCAUGCCAUGGCUUGGUGGACUUGUGUGGGAUGAUGAUGAUAGCCGAUUGGGUUAUAAUCCCUAUUGGUAUGUGGAACAAUAUAAGCGAGCUGAGUUUGCAGUCGCAAAAAUGUUAAGUCGCGGAGAUUGUGAAUAUUUGGAUACAUUAAUAGAAGAUAUAUUAGAUCCAACAACAGAAAAUCCAAUCAAUCUUCGGAUUUCAUUUGCAGGAAUAAUUAUAAUGAGACUUUAUAUUAUUCGAGCAACACGUGAAUGGAAUCAAUCUGAAACGCUGCUGGCACAAAAGAUCGAAACUUAUUUCGAUACACUUCAGUUCCCUCAGUUCUAUAAACAGCCAAUGUUAGGCUUUUUAUCAAAUAAGCAUGCACUUUGUAAACUUGUUGUCGAAGAUGAUAAUAAAAAAAUAUUUAUAGCCUCAGUAAUCGCGCAUAUAAUUGCUUUGCACAUUUCAAUUCCUCAAAAUUCUUCUCCGUUAGCUACAUAUAUGCAAGCAUUGCAAACGUGUCAAGAUGAUUUUAUUUUGACAUGUCCUUCUGACGAGCUAACUGUUAUAAUGAACGCAAUAAUGGAUGAAGUAAAGAAUAAUGAUAGACGAUUAACAAGGUAA